CGCCCCAUGCUUCGCGUCGACCCCAAUGUCCUCGAUGAGAAACCACCGCCUGUGGAGCCAGAAUACCCCCACACGUCCGUCUUUCGCUCUUCACAAGCCGAGGUUCAUGUACGAAGUCCUUCGGUCAAGGUCCUUCGCGGCAAGGGAUACGAUUCCGCCCAAUCACUUCCGGUGUUCGGCGAUCACGAUAAGGUGACAGGAUCGGUCUUGUUAGACGUCAGCCUGUGUGCCACGCCCGGUCGUUUGACGAUAUCUCUUCAAGGAACUUUCGUAUACAUGUCCCCAAACGCUGGCCAAUCAGACUCGGAAAGCUACGUCGCGCUCUCCCGACCAGAGAGGCACCGGCACGUCUUCUUUUCCGCGUCGGAGACGCGACCAACGGGCGACCUGGACAGUCCUCGGUCCUCGACCUCACUGCGGGACGCGUUCGCCGCCAGCGUUCGUUACCGCCGGGAGCGCCGCCCAAGCCAGACCAGCAUCAAGGGCGCCCUGAGACCGUUUCCCUUUUCAUUUGCGAUUCCCCGGCCCGAGCAGUCAGGGCAGGAGCUUCCGCCGACGUUCUCGUCCGUCGCGGUGGGCGAGUGCGGGCCUCGCGGGCGGACAUGCGUCGAGCGCGCAGAAGUCUCGUACGCCGUGAUUGCCACUUGGGAAGCUGCGGACGGCGUUGAUCGUGCUUUCGUGGAGGCUCCCGUUCUGUACCAGCCCGACGCCGACUUUCAGUCGUUCGACGGGCUCGCGAUGCAGAAAGACUCCUGGCUCGAGAUCCCCCUCAAGUCCGACCGGCCGUUGCCCGUGGCGUGUGCGGUGACACUGCCACACCCCGUCACCUUCUCGCGCUCAGGGUCGAUUCCGUACUUCGUCGUGUUCACGACGAACCCUCGAUCAGCAACGCUCGCGCGCGAGAUUGCGACGGACGCGACCAUCUCCGUCUCGCUUCAGCGGGAAGUGCGCGUUGAUGCGGCGACGCCGUUAUACGCGACGCCUUCUCCGACUGGAACACCUUCGACGUCGAGCGACGAGUCCGAGUCACUUCCGCCGGUGUCGUCGCGGCGGUUGCUCAAGCGCGUCGUGACUGCGCGGAGUGCGCCCGCGUCGCUCGCCAGGGCGCGACAACCGCCGAAAGAGAAACCUCUCCCGCAGCUGCCAUCGCCUGGUGUGAACGAGACGCGCGCGCUGCACGUCGACAUGUGCAUUGGCUUUCCGAAGCGACCACGAUACCGCUGCGAGCCACACCAGAAACAUCCACCACUGGAGUCUCACGCGUCUCUGCCGGACGGCCUGUACAAGGGCAAGAUCCAGCUCGACAAACAUAUGCUUCCCGCCUUUGACUGGGCCGGACUACGAGUCAAGUACUACCUGGAUGUCUCUGUGAUAUUCGGGCAAGACCAGAUGCGCGCGCGCGUACCCCUGCGCAUCUCAUGACCUUCGACGUGACAUACUGGACCCCAGACCCGACGACCACCCUUUUACUCCCCCACCCCCACCCCCACCCCUCACCCCACUUCCCUUGUUUCCCGUUGUUAAUGACACUUUCGUCUUUCAUGUACAGACUUCACCACCACCCCUGCAUAGUACCAUA